CAGAGUCAGGUGGACUGCAGCUCUUCCAGCACAGGCUCACACUAGAAGCCAGCAGGAACGUUGAUUCCUUGGAAACUGAGGAAGCAAAAAAAGGCAUAAGAAGAGGAGGAGAAGGAGGGAGAGGCGUGGGACCUCCUGUGUGUCAAGUGCACUUCAAGUCCAGGGUUUUGAGCAAACAGAGCGGUGGGGCACUGCCUCCUCGACGGGACCCAGCAGACACCAAGACUAAGAUGGAGUGAGACAGCUGAAAAAAAAAGCCAACUCUUAAGUGUAAACAUAACAUAAAAAGAAGGGCGUGUUGAUGUUCAAGAAGUGUCUAAAAAAGGUUCACAUGGUAUGGAUUCUGAGUGACAGAUUUCAGGACGGACUUCAGAUUGCCACAAAAAAUAGAUUCUGAGAAGAAUACGGCUCCUUCAGUGCUCAGAACCACGGUACUGCUUUGAGCAAAACAGAAUUUCAAAGUACAGACCGAGUCAAACUUGGAAACAAUGGAGCAUCUUCCACAGACUAAAGGAAAGGGAGUCUUAAUGUUUGCCAAGAGGCGUCAAAGGAUGGAUGAGCUUUCCGAGGAACAAGAGGGAAUGAGACUAAAAGGCUCGCCAGUGCAUGCACCUGUUAAGCCUCCUCCGCAGGAACAAAGUACACAAGCCCCUCAAGAUAUCUAUGUAAGGCAACAACAAACAUUUCAGCAACAGAUGUUACCACAAUCAGCAAACAGUAUGAAUGGUCACCAAGGUUCGGCCGUUCCCAGAUCCCUCGUCUCCAACAGAACUGCGAAGCCCUUCACGGGUGGCCAUAAUCAAGGACAAAAAAGUUUUUCACCAGUCAAAGGCGUCUCAAGCCCAACACCUAAGAAACCUGAAAACAUAUUCAAGGUUCCCGUUCCAGUAAACACAACGCCACAGGUCUGGUCCCCCACCUCAGACAUCAUUGCUUCACGUGACGAACGUAUCACCAUACCUGCAAUUAAAACAGGGAUCCUGCCAGAAACUAAACGGAGAGGAGCAAACAAGACAGACUCGAAAGAGAUGCCUCCGCUUCAGAAAAAAGGCAAGCAGAAGUCCUUAACAGAGUCUGUUGCAGAAGACGACUUUCUCAGUCUGGGUGCUGAAGCAUGCAAUUUCAUGCAAGCUCCGAGGAUCAAGCAGAAAAACCCUCCACCUGUCCUACCCAAACCUGUUAUCAACCCAGCUCGCCCUCCUUGGUCCGCAGAGCGCUUUCAGAGUCCCCUUGCACCAUCAAGUUCAGUUCCAGCUAUGGGACACACCCAGGUGCAUGCAGUACCCCAACAAAGCCCACCAAACCUCUACCAAUCAGCCUGGACUCCAGAACCGAGUCAUGCACAACACACACCAGCUUCACUGCGUGCUGGUCAGUCCAAAACGUCACGGAUUAGCUCACAAAAUGAUGGUAACUCUGUUGCUUCCUGCCCACCUCAACACCUAAACACAUACGUUCAGGCAUCUAAAUCAUUUCCUAAAGGUUAUUCAUCAGAUGCAGGUGCUUCUGAGGGGCUGAACCUUAAAGGAAAAGGAGCUGAACUGUUUGCUCGGAGACAGUCCCGUAUGGACAAAUUCGUGGUGGAUGAUGAGACCGUGCGAGCCAGCAAGGCCAGAUCCUCCUCGCCGACGCUUUCAAUGCCAAGCACCCGGAAACACUCUUCUAACGUCCGUGCCCGACCUCCUGUAUCCUACAAUCCUAUUUUGUCUCCUUUUUAUCCCCUUGCAGCGGUCAAACAACCCCCUCCUGCAACUAGUUCAAAGAUGAAGCCUAAAGCAAACAAGGAGAAGACGAAUCCGCCACCCAAGCAUCUCAAUGUUCUGGAUGUCAUGAAACAUCAGCCUUACCAGCUGAAUUCCUCGCUUUUCACCUACAACACAGAGUCUAAGCAGACUUCUGCUCAAACCCCUGCCAGUUUUCAACCCCAGUCCCUUGCUUGUGAGCCAUUGGCAGCGCUCUCUCGCUCCCUAAAUAGUUCGCAGUCAGUUAAGCAAAAUCUGGUAAGUGUGUCUUACCCCUAUGUCCCUCAGUCUGCAUCAAAUGAGGCCACCAUUACUCCACAACAGUCACAUGCCAAACAACUAACCAUGCGCGAUAGCUACAGAAACAAAGGCCUCUCAAAUGCCUGCAUGCCUUCUGCAAGCGCUGAAGUCAAUGUCUGUGUAGGGUCCUCUUUACCCGUGAAUAAUGAAUACGCUUCACGGUGUGCAAUACCAGUGGCUCCAAGACCAAAGUUUUCGGCCAAAAAAACAAACACUGGAGGCAAGCAAUGGAAACCAGUCAUUAUGCAGCGUUAACUGAGUUUUAAAGGGAUUAUGGCAUGCUUUUUACAUCAUGUUUCUUGGGUAACACUUUAGAUUAGGGAACACAUAUUCACGACUGACUAAGAGUCGUGUAGAUGCCUCAUUUGCUGCUUAUUGAUAGUAAGUAAGGUAGUUGUUGUAGUAGUUCUGUUUAGCUAUGGGGGAUCUAGACUGUGGUCAUGCAUUAAUAUGUGCUUUAAAAGUACUAAUAAACAGCCAAUAUGCAAGUAACAUGCAUGCUGGUAAGCAACGAGUCAACAGCAAAUAGUGUUCACUAAUCUAAAGUGUUACUUGAGAUUCACUUAUAAUGUUAGUAAAGUUUUUUUUGCACAAACAACAGUAUAUAUGCAAAACGAGUUGUUUUGGCAGAUUGAAAAAGUGCUGUUUUUGAACAUUUUUAUAGCGCUAUCACCACUAAUAUAUCAAAAGAUCAAAGAAAAAGUGUUUCCUCAUUCGUUCUAGAUCAAUGCACAAGAUACGAUUUCCAUGCAUUAUAUAAGAGUUCUACAAUUUAUACCAUAAGUUAAUUUCAUUAUUUCAGAAUUAUUUCAAUGUGAUAUGUUUCCACAUUAAUGACAGUUAUUUUGUGUGUUUUUUUUUAGAAAAAAUCUGUUUGACAUUUUCUGUUUUUUGUGUCAAGCAACACAACACAUUCACUAUAUUAUGCCAAGUGGGCCUGGAUGAUAAACUUGCGAUUUUUGUCAGGCACAUUGUCUAAGCAACAAUUAAAUAAUUUGUGUUAAAUGCAUUAAAUGCUAGAGUUUCAGAUCAAUAUACUAGAUCUCCCCUCGGAUUGAGCCUCCUUUGCAAUUCUGUCAGACCUCCAGAUCAGUUGUUGUUAGUUGAGGAAAACCUUUCACAGAUGGUUUAAAGACAUAGUUAUAUUUUUUUCUUGUGGAUAUUCUCUUUUGGGCAUUUCAAGUUAAUCUAAAAAUAUAAUUCAGAAUACUUCAUUCGUAUUAUGUGCUGUUCAGAUACAGUGAAC